AUGAUAAACGUAUAUAAUGGUAAUAAAAACAUGAAUGAUAAUGAAAUAAAUACAAAAAAUGCAUGUAUGAGUUCUUAUUCCUAUCAAAACAUGAUUAAUAAUAAAAACAAUUUAAAGCCCAGAAAAAACAAGGAUGUUGACAUAUCACAAAAAGAAGAUAUAGAAAAGAAAAAGUAUGAAAGCCAAUUUUUCAAUAAUAACAAUGGGAAUAGGAAUAAUUAUUACCACAGGAAUUAUCAAACUGUGGAUGAAAUAAAUUACAACAAAAAUAAUAUGCACCAAACAUCAUAUGACGAAAUAAUUUCAAAGGGUGUAUAUGAAUAUCAAAAGCAUUUUGUGCAAAAAAAUAAUAAGAAUCAUAACAAUUUUCAAACAAAUAUAUAUAAUAUAAACGAAAAAGACAAUAUUUCUAGUAGUAUCAACAAAAGUCUUUACUACAGUAAAUUAAAAUGGGGAUCGGUAGAUGAAGAAUCAAGAUCAUGUGAGACAAUAAAAAAUGGCAUAGACAAUGAUAAUGGUAGUAAUGAUAUUAAAAACUGUUUUAAUCCGCUAAUUAAACGAAACAACGAUGCAAUAAGAUCAUUUACAAUGUCCGAAGAACAACAUAAUAAAGAAAACGGUAAACAAAACUCUGUACAAAUAGAUUAUGAAAAAGGUACGAUUUACGAUUCACAACAAAGUUUAUUAGAUAAUGAUCAAAUGCAAUUUCAUGGGCUUUCUCAAAAUACUAUAAAUAUUAAUUCAGAUCAAAAUAUUUCAGAAAUAUUCAAAAAUUAUAUGUCUGCAGCUGGGGAACAUCGAAUCCCUAUUGAAAAUAAUAACCACAGUGGAGAGUAUAAAAGGGGACAAGUUUUAUACACGAAUGUUAGGAAUAACAAGGAUAGCGUAUAUACGGACGAUCAUAAUAUGACAAGUGAAUACAAAAAUAAUAAUUCGAUGUUCAAUGUAAAUGCGAAGAAUUCUGAUUAUUACCCUUAUCAAUACAGUUCAUGCGAAAAUGGUGUAUUAAGUAGUACUUCAGAAAUUAUGCAUAAAUCAUUUUCCCAAAAUGAAUGGGACAAUUUUAAUAGGCACGAGGAGCAUAAUUCAGAUAUUAAUAAUCAAAAAUUUUCAAUGAAAUAUGGAAAUAAAUUAAGUAACUUGUAUUCAUAUGGGCAAAAUAGUAUGCAUAAAAAUGAAGAACUAAAUUACUUGUCUGAACAGGAACAAACGGAGGAAAAUGUCGAUGUGGGGGAAAUGACAAAAACGGGAAUCCAAUCUACUGAGGGGAAUAUUGAUAAUAUUCAAAAUGCUAGAAGUAUAUAUAAUUUGUCAAAUAUUAAUCUUAACAAUUUAAAAAUAAAUAGUAUGCAUGACAUUUUUUCACAUUUAAAUGAUCACAAUAUACAUAUUCCUAAUGAUAGCAUGAGAAAAAUAAUAGAAGAUAAAAAGGGCGUAACUAACCAUGGAUUGAUUACAGUUAAAGUUUUAGAUCAAAAUUUUAGUGAGAAUUGCUCAGAGGAUGAAAAAAUGAGAUUUAUACGAAAUUUAAAUUCCACAGAUCGUCACGUCUUAAAUAAGGAUACUUAUUAUUCCCCGGAUACUACUACUGCUAAAAAUAAUGACAAUAAUCAAAAUUAUUAUGAUAACAAUUACAAAUGUGUUAAAAUGCUAAGGGGAAAUGAUAAUUCUUUAAGCCGAUGUAAUAUUAUGCAGAAUACAAAUUAUAAUUUUUUAAAAACAGAUUCUGCAUUUGCAUUGAAUUUAGAACAAAAUUCAAAAAUAGAAAAUGCAACACAUUCAAAAGAUAUACUUUCAAAUUCCCAUGCUAAUAGAGCAAGCACAGACGCAAAUGAUAUUAUUAAAAAAUAUAAAAGUGGAAAAGAACGCCUAAGUAAAUACUUACAAGAUCAAUACAAUCUGAAUGAAAUAAAAGAUUGUCUUCCUGAACCUAUAUUGUAUACCGAUCAAAAUUUUGAUGUACCUAAUAUUAUUCAAGGAUUGACAAGAGAAAAUAAAAAUGGAGUUAUAACAAAUUGUAACCAUGAUACUAUAAUUGAGUAUAAUAACAAAUGGAGAGUAGUUAAUGGAAAAAGAUUUUCAAUAAGUCCUAAUGAGCACAUUAAAUCCGUUGAAAAUUCCGCAAAAAAUUUCGAACAAUAUUUAGAUAAAAAAAAUAAAGAUACAAUAAAAAUGCUCAGAAACUGUAAAUUUAAUUCAAUGACAGGAAAAUUAACAAUAAACCCAAUUAAGGAAGAUGAUAAUAUAAAAGACGUAAAAAAUAAAGUUUUUGAUUAUCAUGACAUUAAGAAUUCUUACCCGGUGCAUUACAAUACAAAUGCAAAAAAUGAGAAGGGAAAAAAUGAACACAAAUUAAUUAAAAAGCAAAACAUACCAUUAUGUGGAGAUUAUCAUUUAAAACACAAAAUUAAAGAAUUCAUAUCUCAAAAAAUAAAGGAUUGCAUAAACUUCAGUAUCCUUAAUUAA